GGCCGUAUAUACCACAAAAUCUCUUUCUUUGAAAUCCCACCUUCCAUUACCAACCAUCGAGGAGCAUUCGAUCCACAUGGCCACGUCCCAAACACCCCCUACUCCACAAGAAGAGAAAGAAGAACUAAGCCAUGGAUGCAAGGAAUUACUCUCCUCCCUUCCAACGACAAACUCAUGGCAGCAUCGUCUCUAUCAGUACCAAGGUUUUUGGUACAGCGAAGGGUUUCUACUGGGAACAAUUGCAUGUCAACGGCACUUCCAAGCUCACGACAACGAUUUACUACUGGCCACCAUUCCCAAAGCAGGCACUACAUGGCUCAAGGCACUCGCAUUUGCUAUCAUGAACCGGGGCUGCUACCCAUAUCCUCAGCACCCUUUGCUCUCCAACAAUCCCCACAAACUCGUACCUUUCCUGGAGAUGGACUAUUAUACAAACAAACAAACUCCUGAUCUUGAAUGCAUUGGCUCCCCUCGUUUCUUUUCCACGCAUGCACCUUACACAUCAUUGCCACAAUCCAUUAAGGACUCUAACUGCAGAAUUAUCUAUCUUUGUAGAAAUCCUAGAGAUGUGUUCAUUUCUCUUUGGCAUUUCUCAAACAAGAUGAGACCUGAGACUCAAUCACCGAUCUCACUCGAAGAUGCAUUUGACCUUUUCUGUGCAGGUAUUUCAUGGCGUGGUCCCUUCUGGGACCAUGUAUUGGGGUACUGGAAGGCAAGCUUAAAAAGUUCUGAGAAGGUAAUGUUUCUUAAUUACGAGAAUUUGAAAAGAGAGCCGUUGGUUUUGUUGAAAAGGUUGGCGGAGUUUAUAGGAUGCCCUUUUACAACUGAGGAGGAUAGAGAAGGCGUGCUUCAUGAUAUAUUAAGGUUGUGUAGUUUCGAGAAUUUGAGCAAUUUGGACGUGAAUAAGACCGGAAAGACUCAUAUGGGGAAGGACCAGUAUAAGUUCGAGAAUACUCAUUUCUUUAGGCGAGGUGAGGUUGGUGAUUCAUCCAAUUAUCUUACUACUCAAAUGAUUGAACGGUUGGAUCGGAUCACGGAAGAAAAAUUGAAAUGUUAUGGUUUGACGUUCCCAAUAUCUAUUUAG